UCCCAUUGCAGUGUAAGACUAUCAAGGCUGCAUUGUCAGAGUUUGGGGAAAGCGCUUGCGUCAGAGCUCCCUCUCCGUGUAUAAAAGGCGGAGGUGCUGCAGCAGUGAGCAGUCGAGGCUUAGACCUGAGCCGAGCCCACAUCACACAAUCAGUCAGAGGAGAGGGAGAGCAGCCUUGUCCUCACCAUGAGUAGCCUUGGAUAUGACCCCUACUACUCACCUUCCCCAUCCUACCGUCGCUGGUAUGUGGAGUCUCCCCCCCGCGUCUCUCGAGGCAGGACCCACGCUGUGUACACCCCCCACACCGUGUCCUCCUCUUCCCGUGUGCAGUACUCCUCUCCGGGUCGGGUGCUGCUCUCCUCCUCCUCCCAGGCCCAGUCUCUGGAGCUGGAGCUCAGCCAGGCGGCCCAGAUCAGCUCAGACUUUCGGGCGGUUCGUACCCAGGAGCGAUCCCAACUGCAGAACCUCAAUGACCGCUUUGCUGGCUUCAUCGAGAGGGUGAGGGAGCUGGAGCAGCAGAACCGCGCUCUAGAGGCUGAGCUGAUGAUUCUGAGGCAGAGGCACACUGAGCCAUCUCGUCUGAGGUCACUGUACGAGCAGGAGGCCCGAGCUCUCAGGGCUGCGGUGGAUGAGGCCAGGGCAGAGCAACAAGCUGCUCUGGGGCAGAGGGAGCGCCUGGAGCAGACCCUGAGUGCUCUGCAGGGCCGUUAUGAAGAGGAAGUCGUGGCUCGUGAAGAUGCCGAGGCUCGUCUCAUGGAGGCCAGGCGUGAAGCUGAUCAGGCCGCUUUGGCAAAGUCCGAACUAGAGAAGAGUGUUGAAAUCCUGCUGGAAGAACUGGCCUUCCUCAAGAGGGUCCAUGAAAGUGAACUGGCUGAGCUCCAGGCCCAGGUGCAUCUGGGGGUGCAGGUCGCUGUAGAGUCUGAGACUGCAGCUCCAGAUCUGUCCGGGGCUCUGCGGGACAUCCGAUCCCAGUAUGAGAGGCUUGCAGCCAGGAACAUCCAGGCGGCAGAGGAGUGGUUCAGGGGUAAGGUAGGCACGCUGACUGAGACUGUGGCCCAGCACACAGACGCAGUGAGGAGCACCAAAGAUGAAGCAGGAGAGUACAGACGCCAGCUGCAAAACCGCAUCCUGGAAAUUGAUGCGUGCAGAGGCCUGAACGAGUCUCUGGAGAAACAGCUACACGAGAUUGAAGACAAGAACAGCGCAGAAAUAGCAGCUAUGCAUGACACUAUUGGAGACUUGGAGAACGAGCUGAGGGGCACCAAACAGGAAAUGGCUCGUUAUAUGAAAGAGUACCAAGACCUUCUGAAUGUCAAGAUGGCUCUGGAUAUCGAGAUUGCUGCAUAUAGGAAGUUGCUGGAGGGGGAGGAGUCUCGCUUCAAUGUGGGCGGAGUCGGGGCCGUGGCUUCUCUGUAUAGCCACAGCCUGUCCGCCCCCUCCUACAGCCGCCCCAUGUUCUCCAGCUUGAGCUCAGGCACCUCCUACCUGAUGACAUCACGCCUACUCAGCUCCAGCACCACCGAGGGUCUCAUCUCUGCCAGCCAGGCCCCCAAAGCAGAGGCUAGCCCACCUGCUGAGGAAGAGGAGGAGGAAGAGGAGGAGAAGGAAGCAGAAGAGGAGGGAGCAGAGGAGACUGAGGAGGCCAAGGAGGAAGAGGAGGAGGAGAAAGGGGAGGAAGAGGAGGGAGGAGACGACGAGGGAGAGGGGGAGAAAGAGGAGGAAGAAGAGGCUAAAGAAGGAGAGGAGGAGGCUACAGAGGCAGAGGAAGCAGGUGGUGAUGACGAAGAGCAAAAAGGAGAAGAGACCGAAGCUGCAGAGGAGGAGGAGGGAGAAGGGGAGAAAGAUGACAAAGGAGAUGAGGAAGGAGAGAGUGACGUAAAAGAGGAAGAGGAAGACAAGGACGAAGGAGGCGACGAUGACACUGACACCAAAGAUGAACAAAAAGACGAGAAGGAGGAAGAGCCAAAAAAGGGUGAUGAUAAACAGGAGAAAGAAGAGAAGGCUGAGGCUAAGAAAGUAGAGAAAGCUCCAGAAAAAGAGGAAAAAGCCGCUCCAGAAAAGAAAGACAAAUCCGGCAAGGAAAAGGAUGAAGCUGUGAGCAAAAAAGAAGACAAGCCUGCUCCAGAGAAGGCAGAAAAGGCAGAGAAAGAAGAGAAACCUGCUCCAGAAAAAGCAGAGAAGAAAGAAGAGAAGAAAGAGGAGAAGAAAGAAGAGAAGGCUGCUCCAAAGAAAGCUGAACCAAAGAAGGAGGAAGACAAAGCCGCAAAACCUGCAGAGGACAAGAGCAAAGACUCUGACACCAAGAGUAAGAAGUAAGUCAGCUGCGCUCCCAAUGCUCCAUUCUAAUAGAGGCAUCCGCUUGUUCCAUGGUGCUCUGUCUACAAAGUACAGUAGCUAUUUACAGCAAAAGUCAAGGUUACCUGCUUGCCAAUAUCCAAACUUGUCCAAAAAGGAUGUCAGUAUAAACUUGAAUGUAACAUGCCUAAAUGCUGGAUGUACGUGUGUGUUUUGGUGAUCGAAUAAACACUUCUUACAACCCUUAA